UCCCUUAUUUAUUUAUUUUUUCUUCACUUUCUCUCUCUUCGACAUUUUCUCUCUCCUCUUCUUUGUCGUCGAAAACUCCCUCCUUUUUCGAUCUCGAUUUUCAGUCCUCUAAAUUCUCAACUUUUCAACUCAAUUCAUAAAUUAUACUUCAAAUUUCAACUGAAAUCUGGAAAUUGAGCUUGAUUUUGGUACUUUAUCAGUUGAAUUUGUUGUGCAAUUUGAACUAUUAGAGUUAGGGAUUGGGCGAAAUUAGCUCAAUUUGUUGCUGGUUUUUGGUUGAAUUUGAUGGAAUUGAUCAAUUUCGAUGUUAUUUUGUGGAGGGGAAAGGUUUUUAGGGUAGCUCGGUGAAUUCCAGGAUUUGUUAGUUUGAGGAAUUUGCAUGGUGUUUGUGAGAUUCUGUAGUUUUUUCAGUUACUGGAGUUAGGGUUUCGGUGAAUUAGCUUAGUUAAUUGUUCAAUUUAUUGGGUUUUAUCGGUGUUGAAGUUUUAGCUUAAUUUAGCAAAUUCUAGGGUUUUGCUGAAUUUGAAGAAUUAUCAAGCGAAUUAAUGAUUUUUCGAGGAUUCGGUUACUUGAAGUUGAUGAAUUAGGGUUUUUAAAGUGAUUGAGGAAGAGUAAAAAUGUUUUAUUCGCAGUUUAUAUUGGCAAAGAAAGGGCCUUUGGGGACUAUAUGGAUUGCAGCUCAUCUGGAACGAAAGCUGCGGAAGAAUCAAGUCGCUGAUACUGAUAUUGGCGUCUCUGUUGAUUCAAUACUGUUCCCAGAAGUACCAAUCGCUCUCCGGUUGUCUAGCCAUUUGCUGCUUGGUGUUGUUAGGAUAUAUUCAAAGAAAGUCAACUAUCUCUUUGACGAUUGCAGUGACGCCUUGCUUAAAGUCAAGCAAGCAUUUCGCUCUACAGCAGUUGAUUUGCCUCCUGAGCAGUCUAAAGCACCAUACCAUUCUAUUACUUUGCCAGAGACCUUUGAUCUUGAUGAUUUUGAGUUGCCUGACAAUGAUAUAUUUCAGGGCAACUUUGUUGACCAUCAUGUUAGUACAAGAGAACAAAUUACUCUCCAGGACAAUAUGGAGAGUGUGACUUUUACAACAUCACAAUUUGGUCCUGAUGAGCGUUUUGGUGAUGGUGAUGCAUCUCAGAUUGGUUUAGACCUUGAUGAGGAAUUAUUUAUGGACAAGGGAGAUGCUGCAGGAACAAGUGGAAUUUUGGUUGAGACAGAUGCUGGUCCUCAGGAAUCCACAAAAGAAUCUUCACCUUUCAAAGAUGAUGAUGACCAUAAUGAGGGGAUUUUUGAUCCUCCGUUGGCUUCAAACACUAAUAAUUUUAUUAUCCAGGCACCUUCAACUCCAGGAUUAACAGAAGAGCCAAACUUACCUAGCGCUAAAGAAGAAAUACAGGUCAGUGAUGAUCAUAUGGAUGAGGAUCAGAAUCCGUGUGAAGUGGCCGCAAAAGAAACUGCUUCAAGUCCUGUGGAGCCCUCUGAUGUAGGUGGCACUGAGCUCCAUUCUAACGGGAAUGUUCAUUCUAUGAAUGAGCUGGAUGAUGAAAAAGAGAAAACACUUGGAACUGAAACCAUGGAAUUCACAUCCUCUGGCUUACCUCAGCCUGCUACCUUUGAUAAGCACAUAGAGGCAACCAAUGGUCAGGAUAAUGCGGAGAAUCAAAGAAUCAUAGCUGCUGACAUGGAAUCCAGAGGAUGCUGUGAUGUUGAUGAAACAGGUACAAGUGCGACUGCUGUGCCAGUUCCCGAAGUUGACCCGGAGGUUCAAGGUUGUGAAUCCUAUGCUGGCUGCAGCAAAACUGAUCUUAAUGGGAUUGACAAUCAUCAUCCACUACAUGAUUGUGAAGCAGAAAAUAAUAAAUCAUCUGUUGGUCCUGCUGUUCUUGGUACUGUGGAUGUUGUUACUAGUGGUUCUGGACAUCAAAAUUUUCUGAACCUGAAAAAUGCUGAGACGUCUGAAUCCAACAUUGAUGAAAAGUCAUCAGGCUUUGCUACUCCAGUGCUUCAGGCGUGUUCUACCAAAAUCCUUAAUGCUUGUGACUCCAAGAUCCCUGGUCAAGAAGAUGGGCUGAACUCAGCUGUUAUCUCUGAAAGGGAAGAUGCAACUGAUGUUGCUGGGAUUUCUAUAACUGACAGAGAUGUAGAGGAACCAAUUUCGAAGGCAGACCAGAUAGCUCAUGGAGUUGCUUGUGCCACUGACAAUAACAUAGGAGAGCAGUCAGACAACCUGAUCGCAGAAGAAAAUCAUAUCGAAAAAGAGAAUAACUUACAAAUUUCUGAUUUCCCACCAACUGAAAUGUUGCUUUCGAUGCCGAAUUUGCCUGCUGACGUGUCUGGCAAUAUUUUUGUUGACUCUACUCCUGGUAAUGAAUUCUUUGCAAAGGAUGAUGAUAUUGAUGAAAACGUCUUAUCUGGAAGGAAAAGAAGUUUUGCCGAGAGUACUUUGACAAUACAGAGCCUUAAUUCAGUUGAGUCUCCUGGUGGAGCUCAGUCAAAAGGAACUGUGGAAUCAGUUCCUGAUGACAAUGACCUUUUAUCUUCGAUAUUAGUCGGUAGAAGGUCUACAACAUUCAAAAUGAAGCCUACUCCGCCCAUUCCUGAUACAGUUCGGGCAAAGCGCCAGCGGACUGCAGCCCGCUCUCUUACUCACAAGCGGAAAGUGCUUGUGGAUGAUUCUACAGUACUGCACGGCGACACAAUAAGGCAGCAACUAACAGAUACUGAUGAUAUACGCCGCGUGAGGAAGAAGGCUCCGUGUACGAAACUUGAAGUUUGGAUGCUUCAGAAACAGUUUUUAGAGGACGAGGUUUUCACUGAACCUGUAUUUACAGGAAUGUUCCCUGUAUUGAGAUCAUUGGAUGAUGAGGCAAUUGAUUUGAAUGGAAUCACAAUUUAUUGUAAUGAAGGAACUAAAGGAGCAAGUGAGGCAGACAUCAGUAUUAAGUCAGCAUGUGGUGAGGAAACUGAAAAUUUGGGAAUUGUUGUACUCUCUAAUGCUGAUAUCUCAAGGUCAAAGCUCGAUGAGGAGACUGAGUCCAUGGGGACUCUUGUUCCAUCUAUUGCUGCAGUUGAGGGUGGCGGGAUUCUGUUGGAGACUCCAUUUGAACAAGAAUUGGCAUCCAUUGUAGAUGGUAGUACUAUGCUUAAGGAGGUAGAGAUUGUAGAUAAUGAGGUCACAAAACAGUUGUCUCUGCAUGAUGUUUCUGUAGAAAAGGUUGAUGAUGUGAGAUCUCCAGUUGGUGGUGAAACAAUUCAUUCUGUUACCGUAGAAGCCGAGCCAGUGUCUGCUCCUGAUAUUAAUUGUAAAUCAACGGAUGAUACUAUAGAUUGUUCACCAGUGCUAAAUAAAUCGAGUGAUGUAAUUAUUCCUAUGCUUAUCGAUGCAUCAGGCGAAAUACUCGAUCAGAGGUGUAUUGCAGACUGUACAAUUGGAGAUGCUUCUACAGCAGAGGGAGUUUCUGGAUCAGGUAUACGAGUUGUAGGGGUGGAUGUUGGUGUCUCUGGGAAUGUUGAUUUAGACGAGAGGUCAGACGGUGAACAUGUGAUGGAAAAAAGGGAAGGUGUUGAUUCCAGUAUAGAGAUGAGGGGUUUCCAGGAUACUUGCUUAUUGGCUGUUCAAAAUUCCACCGUCUCCGAGUCUUUUUCCCUUGAAGACACGGCUUGCCUGACUUCGGACCAAACUAUUGACAAAUGUCAUCCAGAUGAGCUUGGGACUACAAACAAGAAUGAUACCUCUGGUUCAGGUCUAAAAGUUGAUGGUAGUUGCCUAUCUUCAAAUAUUAUUUGUGAGGAUGUGAAAGUGGAUUUAUCACAUUCAGUAGAAGCUGAUUUAAGCUCUCGAGUUACAACAUCAAAUGAGAGGGAGGGCCUACAAUAUUGGGAAGCUGACCCAAAUAUAGUCACUGACUCUACUUCCAUUCCUUCUGAGUAUAUUGACACCGGAAACAAUGCUGAGUUUGGGACAGAUGCCAUUGAGCAUGAUACAGACUUCUUGAAUGUUGAUGAUGACGAUGUUGCUGAAGACUAUGAAAGUGAUAUGCCUAAUCCAGAAGAGAAACGCAUUCUAGACAACAGUGGCUGGUCUUCUCGUACCAGAGCUGUUGCCAACUAUCUUCAAGGCUUGUUUGAAAAGGAAUCUGAUCAAGCCAAGAAGGCUAUUUCCUUGGACAGCCUGUUGGUUGGGAAAACUCGGAAAGAAGCCUCGAGAAUGUUUUUUGAGACACUGGUCCUCAAAACUAAGGAUUACGUACAAGCGGAGCAGGAGACUGCUUUCUGCGACAUUAAAAUAAAUCCUAGAGGAAAGCUCCUGAAAUCAGAAUUCUGAUCCCAAACACACAGGAAGGUAGAUUGGUGAAUAGCCGUGUAGUUCUAGUUAGUUGACGUAGCUUAGAUUUUGGGGCAUGGAUCUCCCAUAAUUUAUUCUUUGUCUAAGUUAUGCUUUUUACUUUAAUAUUUUUGGGUGAUUAGUAGGUUAACAAGGAGGCUGAGGGCUGGGAAAUUGUAAGGUUUUUAGCACAUGUAUCAUGGGUAGGCAUUGUAGAAUGUCUUGUAACGUUAAUCCUGCAAUAAUAUUUGUAUAUAUGAUAUAUAUGUAAAAUUGAUAAUCAUGCAAUUUGAGAUAUUUUUAUUGAUAACCUAAUAGUUGUCGAGUUUUCCAUUGAA